AUGAGGAGUCAACCUACCGGUAGCCAUGCACCCGAUCUGAAGAAUAAGCAAAAUGAAGAGGCAGUAGUGAUUGGUGGAAUCGAAAGUGGAGACUCCAAGUUGAAUGACAAACAUCGUUCUUCUUCGUCAAGACGUCACAGCGACGAGAGAAAAUCAAGAAGGUCUUCUCUCGAGAAGGGCACUUCCAAAAAGGCAUCGUAUCGAUCCUCUAGUGAUAGACCCCCUCGUAACAGUGGUGGUGCAUCAAGUCGGCCUUCUCAUGGAAGCAAUUCUAAACGAAGGAGCAGCCGGCACAAGCAUUCAAGUAGUAGUAGACGAAGGCUAUCGAAAGAAAGCUCACAUCGCAGGAGCGAUAAAGAGCGCGGUCAUUAUUCUCGCCCUUCUACUUAUAGGUCUCCUUUGCACAGCAACGAAAGCGAUGAAGUAGUAGAUACACUCUAUGGAAAGGACAAUGCUAAUGAUAACAAGGAAAAAGAGAAAUCAUCCAGAGGAAGGUCGGAACGUGCUGUCAACCCAGGGGUGGAGCACAUCAGUGGCAAACCUAGUACAGCUGACAAAGAUACAAAGGAAAAGACAAAAUCAGCGAGAAGAAGUCCAAAAGGUGCCAGCGAACCAGGUGUAGAACAUUUCAGUAACAGUGGGAGUUUGGCAACCACCACGCUGUAUGGAGACGAUGACGUAGAUGCCAAGAAAGCCAAAGCAAAAGUAUCUCGACAUGAUUCAGAGUAUACUACGAGCGUUCCGGGUGUACAGCAGGUACCAUCGGAUAACAUUAGCACCAAACAAAGCGACACUAUCAGCACACUAUACGGCAAAAAUGAGUCAGAUGCCAAGGCCAAGGCAAAAGCAUCCAGGUCAAGCAGCUCCGAAUAUGCUAGCUAUCCAGGUGCAGAUCGUGUGUUCAGCCCUUCAAGCAAUUCCAUCUGGGAAAAGGCAAAAGCAUCGAGACAACUGGUUACUCCGUCCACACAUACCAGCAACACCAAAACCGAUUCGACAAUGACUACAUUGUAUGGGGAGGAUGCCGAUGCCAAGGCAAAGGCAAGAGCAUCACGAGGAAGCUCAGAAUUUGGAACCAAUCCCGGCGCAAAGACUGUAAGCCUAUUUACCGAGAGUUCGCACUCAACCACCAGUACACUAUAUGGGAGCGACGCGGAUACCAAAGCCAAGGCAAAAGCAUUUGGAGGCAAUGGAGAAUAUGCCAGCAAUCCUGGUGUGCAGAGUGUCCACACUGCAUCGAAUCGAGACCUUGCCGGUAGCACUAGUGACAACAGCGUCAAUAUUACACUUUACGGUAACGAUGCAGGCACAAAGAACAAGGCGCGAGCAGCUCUGCGCAGUUCAGCGCAUUGCACCAAUCCGGGAGUGGAAAGCAUAGCUCGUCGAUUGACCAUGACAUCCCUCACUGAUUCCGUGGGAAGCAUGAUGGCACCCGACGAGCAAGGCGAAAACGGCUUUGAAGCCCCUGUUGCAAGACGAGUGUCAAUAGGGACCACUGACUCAGAAUCUAGCAAUUCAGUUCCAGAACACGGGAUGCGUUCAGAAGCCGUGGAUGCUGUCCGACUGCCGAAUGAUCUGGAGGCAAGUCCUAGAUAUGGCGAGACGUCCGCCAAGCGCGUCGUCGACAAAACGCAAAAAUCAAGAAAGAAACGGAUCUGCUUUUUCCUACUCGUCUUGUUGUUCAUUGGUGGCGGGGUUGUAGCCUGGUACUUUCUUUCAAAAAACGAAGGUAGUGAAAGCGACGACAGCCAAAUCAGCUCUGUAAAUAUUUCAGAUCCAACUAGCGCACCAUCGUCGCAAGCAGUGGUGUCCCUGGAUCCCAUUGGUACCCCUGGUGCAGAAAAUGCGACUACAUCUCCCAGUGGACUGACACCAAUCAACAUGGUGUAUGAGCGUCCCAGCAAGUCAGAUUGUAUUGCAAUCUCCUUGAAUCAAACAAUCGCUGGUCGUGAAGAGAUGGAAAAUGUUGAUUUUGGUCUGGACUUGGAAGUUGUAGUUGUGGAUGACAUCAUCAUUACGGAACAACUGGUGCAAGAGUUGCUGAAUGCGAUCCAAGAAAAGAUCCUUCCUUCGCUGGCCGGCUGCAAUAUCUUUCUCGACGAAGUAGUAGAGUCGUGGCGCUUUGUCAUUUUCGACGCCUUUGUGAACGGGAAUGUCCAGCGUGAGGAAAAAUGCCAAGAUGGUACAUUGUCGGCACGAAAUUGCCAUCUGAUAUUCGUGGAAUUGGAUCUUUUCCUGAAAGGCAAUGUGAAGUUUCUUGAUAUAAUUCGUCUGAUUGGUAAUGAAGAAGAAAAUUUUUCGAAUCACUUGGGACUAUCGGAUCAAUUUCUGGUUGUGAAGAUGAUUCGAGCGGAGAGUUUGACACCUACCGCUGCACCGACUACUAUGCCAAGUCAUGUACCAAGCUUUACACCAAGUACAUUUCCAACGGUGCAAGCAAGCGCGAAUCCUACAUUUCUUCCUUCACUGUCACCGACCAGGAUUGUCUCUGGGCAACCAACGAGAAGUCCGACUCUGACGCCGUCUUCACAACCCUCCUUUGUACCAUCCACAGCUCUUCCAUCGUCAGAUCCAUCUCUAUCGCCAUCGAAAGUACUCUCGAACAGCCCCAGUACGCGUCCAAGUGAGACUCCAUCAAGCUCACCUUCAUCACGUCCAACUGUCGACCCAAGUGUGCGUCCAACAAAUGUUCCAUCAGCGGCUCCGUCUGUGACUCCCAGUGUGAUGGCGAGCAAAUCACCCACAAAAUCGCCAAGUGCUUCUCCGUCAGGAAUGCCAACCAGGAAACCAAGCAGUGCACCGUCCACGCAGCCGACUUCAUCACCCAGCAAAGAGCCAACAAGAGGCCCAAGCGCAUUUCCAUCAUCUUUGCCUAGUGUCGAGCCAACUGGCUCCUAUCGACUAAGUGCAACGGACAGGAAAUGUCCCUAUCAGCACCCAGACCGUCUAUUUAAGGACUCAGCGGUUGCCGAUAUCGAUGAAUGUUACAAUUUGUGCCUCUCAACCCCAGAUUGCAUUGCGUUCUCCAUUGGCAUUGGUAGAAAUUGUGGAACACUGAACUGCAUGGGUUGCAAAAGUACCAGUACAGUUGAAUUUGAAACGGGGUUCACUGUUUUUAUGCGAUGGACUAGAGUACUUUUUCACGAAUACCAAUGA